UUGGAACUUUUUCUUUUAUAGGUGUCUAACUAAAUCAUUUCAUUCUCAGCCAUGGUGCUGAAAUCCUGGAUCCCACAGCCAUUUCAGCCAAUAUAUACAACAUCAAAGUUAUUUGCUCCUCAGAUUGCUGCUGCAAUCAAGUCUCAGUCGUGUGAAACCUCCACGGAGCUUAUUCGCAGUCAUAAGCUACUCACUGAAUAUGGCUUUAUUUCUGCUACUGCCAAUGGAAUGUAUGCAUUCCUGCCUCUCGGGAUGAGAGUCUUGGAGAAGCUCCUCCGUCUAGUCGAUGGGUGCAUGGAGAAGGUGUUUGCUCACAAGAUAUCAUUGCCUGCCCUCUGCCCACAGAAUCUAUGGGAGAAAACAGCCCAACAAUCCUGGAUCCAACAGGAUGAGGAUUUAGAAUUGAGGGAAGACGUCAUGCCUGAAAUUGGAAGCUUUUUCAUCAUCCCAUUCCCCACAAGGAAAACAAAGAACCAUUGUUUGGGAAGGGAGGGCAAUCCCCGAAUGCAGUGGACAAAGAGGAAGUUCAUCUUCUUUCUGAGGCUUUCAGGUGACCUUCGUGAAGUCUGCCCUGUCAUGCUUUGA